AUGAUUCGUGCUAUUCUCAUUCUUCUCGUCGCACUCAUCGCCUUAUCUUCAGCUCAAUGGGGAUACGGUCCAUAUGGUGGAUAUGGAGGUGGUUACCCAGGAAUGUAUGGAGGAUACGGAAUGCGUCCAUAUGGAAUGUACGGAGGCUACGGCAUGGGAAUGUACCGCCCAGGACUCCUUGGAAUGCUCAUCGGAAAGAAGUAG